AUGUCCCACCCCGACCGCGAGCCCGCCAUCACGCGCGUCUCGGACCUCCAGACGACCGACUCGCGCUGGAUCGCCCUCCACAAGAUCGAGUACACCGACCAGGCCGGCACCCCGCGCACCUGGGAGGUCGCCACCCGCAAGACCCGCGGCAAGGCCGCCGUCGACGCCGUCGCCAUGGGCAACGUCUUCCUCCACCCCUCGAAACCCCCCUCGACCAUGCUCGUCAUCCAGUACCGCCCUCCCCUCGACGCCUACACGGUCGAGUGGCCCGCGGGACUCAUCGACGCCGACGAGACGGCAGAACAGGCCGCCGUCCGCGAGUUCAAGGAGGAGACGGGCUACGAUUGCGUCGUCACGUCCGUCAGCCCCGCGCAAGCCGCAGACCCGGGCAUGACCAACGCCAACAUGCAGCUCGUCAUGGUCGAGGUCAAGCUGGGCGGUGACGACGCCCUACCCGAGCAGCGCCUCGAAGACGGCGAGCGCAUCGAGCGCGUCAUGGUCACCCUAGACGACAUGUACGACAAGCUGGUCGAGUACUCAAAGAGGGACCGGUUUGUGGUCGCUGCCAAGCUGUUCCACUUUGCGGCGGGGAUGCACUUUGCAAAGACGUCGGGACACGUCAAGUUAUAG